UAACAUGAAAUAGGUGCAGCAUGCUCUCCCCUCAUAUCCGGUAACGCAUCUUUUCCGGAUGGCAGAGAAGGGGAUGUUGUGGAUUCCAUUGAGACGUGCCCAAUUUAUACCACUUUGGGCGGUAUACCCAUUGGACGUGCAGAGUGUGCACAAGACACAACAUUUGGAGAAUUGGCUUGGAAUAUCAUCAUGUAUUUGAAUGACUGUGGGCCGUUAAGGGAAACAAAUGAAGUAGUCGACGAUAUUAUUGAGAAAGGAGUAACAAAUGAGACAGUGAUAGAAGUGCUAGAGAUCGUGGUAGUGGUCACAGACAUGGAGAUAGACGAAGGAGACAUUGUCAACAUAGCUAACAUCAUCAGCAACAGUACAGCCCUACAAAAUGGCGAUCCAGGGAUCACUACUCUUACUGCAACCAUCAUCAGCAACUUCGCAGAGAAAGAUGAAGAAGAACUUUCCGCGGUGGAAGAAAAUACUGGAGCGAUUACUCAAAUCUUGGAGAGUUUUGAAGAACAGCUUAACAAUCUUGACAUAUCGGAUGGACAAAGUUAUACGGCAUUGGAGAUGAAUGUAGCUGUACAGGUGACGAGUGUCGAACCGGCUGACUAUUUAUCGGGGUUGACCGUAUCUGCUAGCAGCAGCUCCUCAGAUAUAAGCCAGACUGACAUCACGCUCAACGCCGGAGACAGCCUAGUCCAGGAAGAGAUCCUCACAGGAACUCGUGUCAUUAUUCCCUCUUCCGUCCUGAUCGACCUCAGCAGCGAAGUCGGGAGCGAGUCAGGGGUACGCGUGGCCCUUAGCAUUUUUAGGACACCGUCAUUGUUCCCUUCGCAGCAUAUUCGCGGGACAAACGGCGGGCAGAGCAGUUUCAACCGGACUGUGAACUCACUUGUUAUGGGUUUGACGCUCGGGGGACAACAGAUGACGAGUUUGGGGGAGAACAUCGAAUUCAAGUACACACCUAUUCAGUCUGACUUUAAAAAUGCCGUAUGUGUGUUCUGGGACUUCGAGGACACACUUGAUUGGUCACCGAGAGGAUGUGAAAGGAUUGCGUCAUCAGGAUCAGACAAUGGUGAAAUGACAUGCAGCUGCAAUCAUCUGUCGAAUUUCGCGGUAUUGAUGGAUAUAUAUUACGAACGUGUUGAGGCGUUACGGAUUAUUAGUAUCAUCGGUUGUGCCAUCUCUAUUGUGUGUUUAGUCAUUAUACUAAUCACCUAUCUAUCAAACAAAAACCUUCACGUCCUCCAGUCGCAGAAGAUUUUCAUGUGUCUAUGUGGUACCCUUCUCGGUCUAUACCUCACCUUCCUCAUCAUGAGCGCAUUGGACCGUCAUCCCGACUACCCCGAAGUCACUCCCGUCCCUUGCGGCAUCCUCGCCGCUCUCGUUCACUUCUUCACCCUGUCCUCUAUGGCCUGGAUGGGCGUUGAGGGAAUCAACACCUAUCUCAUUGUCGUACGCGUCUUCGAUGCUUACAUUCCUCGUUUCAUGCUCAAAGCCAGCAUCGUGGCAUGGGGAGUCAGCGGUCUGAUCGUCCUUCUCACCGGGCUGGCAUCCCAAGGAAACUAUGCAGCAACAGACUACUGUUUUCUUCAGAAGUGGCCAUCGGUCGGUGGACUCCUCAUCCCAAUAGCGAUCAUCCUCCUUGCCAACAUCGUCAUCUUCAGCUUGGUCGUUCGCCGCUUGAUCAAAUCGGCCAACGUCGCCUCUAAUAGCGACGCGGCCGGGACCAACCACAAGGCGUCUAUCGAGCGGAUCAAGAACGCGGUCAGCGUCCUCCUUCUGCUCGGCUUGACCUGGGUAACGGCCUACCUGACCUUGAUUGACACCACAAGUCAGGUCACCCAAACUCUCUUCAUUGUCUUCAACUCUCUCCAAGGCUUCUUCAUCUUCAUCCUCUACUGCGCGAGGAACCCAGUAGUGUGCGCGUACUGGGCCAAGGUGUGCGGUUGUGGGCAGGACUCAUCGAGAACGAGCACCCGUGCGAACCAAGGAACGAGUCAGGGAAUCUCCUUGACCAAGACGAAGUCGACGUCGGAAAACGACCAGUCGCAUGAUUAUGAGAAUCCGUCCUUCGAUGAUAAUAAGGAAUAUACUGACCUUGAUUUCUCUCAGGGUAAGAAGGGCGGUGAUCCCUCGAAGCCGACGUCCUCCGGUAAGCAAUAUACUGACCUUGAUUUCUCCAAGAUCGAGAAGGGCGGUGAUCCAACGAAGUCCUUUGACGGUAAGGAAGAUGUUGAUCCGGCCUAUGAAGUUUGUAUCAUAUAGAAUGUCAAUCAAAUAGAUUUUUCUGAAGUCUUUUACAAAAAUCGAAGUACAUCAAGAUAUAGACUUGAAAUAUUUAUUGAAGACAAUCAUGGAGAUUAUCAUAACAAAGAGAAUUACCUUAUGAAAUCUUUUUUUUUGUGCGUAAAAGAUUUAUCAAAAGUAUCUAUAAUGCUGGAGUACCAUUAAACCCGUUGAUUGAAAACAUAAUUCUCAAAAACAAAAUCACGUUAGCCUAUUGUUGUCAUUAUCUACAUGACUGGACCAUAAGUGACUUAUGGAUAUCCUGUUAGGAGUAAGUUUAUUUGUGGUUAUAAACUUAAACGAAUUAUAAGCGCAUGGCUUGCUUUAGUUUUCUCUAAUGACGAAGUGACUCUUUUAUGAAUAAUCCAGAGAAUAAUCCUUCUUUUUAGCGCUAAGUCGCUUUCUUUUUGUUUAUUAAUAUCUAGGGUUGUUGAUCCUUUAUUUUCAUCGAGAGACUAUUUAAUGAAAUGGUCGUGAGGAAUGGUGCCACAUUCCUGUAAUUGUUGACAACUCCUGAAAAGGGUCGGUGGCCCUGAGAUUUAGCAUAUAUACGUAGACAUAUUUUUUUGUUCCUUUUUUAGUAACUGCAGUUUUGGUCUAUGAUUGAAUUUCAAACUGAAAUGUUUAAUAUGGCAAUAUAUAUUCAAGUGAUAGAUGCAUGUAUGUACUUAAAACGAUCUCUUUUAAUGAUUCUAUAUUUUUAUUCGUUUGACUUCGUCAUGAUUUUGUACUCUCUUUUGUCUUCAAAUUGCUUUUAAAUGUGUUGAAGAAUGAGCAAAUAAAAUGACAGUAUUUCUAUUUUUAGGUGGAUGAUAUCCAGUAAUUGCUGUUUGUUGCAAUUUACAAAAUGCAAAUUUACUUUGUUUUGACAUGUAUAUAUUCAUAUAUUGUUCAAACACAAAGGGAAACACAAACAAAAGUACAGGUUACAGGUUUUAAUUUAAAUAACAAGUACAGGACAACAUAAACUAUACACUAAAGACAUACUACAUAACAUACAACACUGAAACAUAAAAUAUACAUAACCGGUUUUUUUUGUAACAAAUUGGAAAAUCAUUACUAUAAUGAUGAUGAUGAUGAUGAUAAAGAUGAUAAUAUUCAUAAUAGUAAUAAUAACAACUAUAAUGAUAACAAUGAUAACAAUAAUAGUGGUGAUGAUUGUAAUAUUAAUAGUGGAUUUUUUUGUAGAGCGCUCAUGCCUGUCAGACUUGAUACUCAAGUAUGAGGAACCAUUUUUUAGAUUCAAUAAUAUUCAAGAUUAUAAUUUCGCACAACUUGAUUUCACAGUGCUUUACAUUCAGCUUUUUAAUGUUUGUUUUUAUUGUAGCCGUCGGUAAGGGGAAUAAGGGAUCGAUAUACUCAUUCAUGAAUUUUUUUCGAUUUUGAGAUUGUUGUUUUGGUGUUUGGGCUAGAAUUAUACUCAGAAUUAAAACGAAGAUACUACAUGCUCUUAA